GAUUGGUUGGUGACCCGGAAGUAUUUGACAGGCACUCUAACAACAGGAUGUUCUCCUAACAAUUUGCUGUUAAUCACCUCGGGCAGUUGCAAUAUAUUUUGUUUGAUUGGAAAUCCUAGCAAAAAAAGACAGAGCACACUAAACAAUGGAGGAAUAACGUGAGAGCGUUUCUUUAUUAUCAAGUCUCCCAGAGACGGAUAAUUACUAAAGCUAGUUAGCAUUAGCGUUGCUACCGAGGCCAGAGGCUGCAGCAGUUCUGAUAGUUAUCGCGAAUGUUUUGACGCCCGACCGAACCGGUAUCAUCAUAUUCUUGUUAAAUUAUCAGAACUUGGUUAGCUGUAGCAGCUUUCAGGUCAUGGUGUUGAACCGGGAAAGAUCUGGGUUCUGUUAUCAAAGUGUUUUUGGAGUUUUGGUUUGAUGGUUUAGCUUUAGAUUCGCAUUAGGCUAGCUGAAGAAAAAAAAAGUGCAAUCAUGGACGAUUUUAGCUCGAUCAGUUUGCUCUCUCUUGCGAUGUUGGUGGGAUGUUACGUGGCCGGAACAAUACCCCUUGCAGUCAACUUCUCGGAGGAGAAACUGAAGCUGAUCACUGUUCUGGGAGCAGGGCUGCUUUGUGGAACAGCACUUGCUGUUAUCAUUCCUGAGGGAGUCCACGCACUUUAUGAGGAGAUCCUUGAAGGUGUGCACCACAGCCACAGUCAGCCUGGGGCUGCGCAAGCCUCUGAGACGAAGGAAGCAGAAGCAGCCCUGGACGCCACUGGUGCUCAUGAACACAGCCACGAGCAGCUCCACGCCUGCAUCGGUGUCUCUCUGGUGCUGGGCUUCGUCUUCAUGCUGCUGGUGGACCAAAUAGGCAGUUCUCAUGUUCACAACUCUGAAGAUCCAGAAUCGGCAAGAGUAACCAGCUCUAAAAUCACCACUACUCUUGGUCUUGUAGUCCAUGCAGCAGCCGACGGAGUGGCGUUAGGAGCUGCUGCCUCAACAUCUCAGACCAGCGUCCAACUCAUUGUUUUUGUAGCUAUUAUGCUACAUAAGGCCCCAGCAGCGUUCGGUUUGGUGUCGUUCCUGAUGCACGCUGGUCUUGAGAGAAACCGCAUUCGCAAACACCUGCUGGUGUUUGCCUUGGCAGCUCCUGUUCUCGCCAUGAUCACCUUUUUAGGACUCAGUCAGAGCAGCAAAGAAGCUCUGUCGGACAUCAACGCCACCGGGGUCGCCAUGCUCUUUUCAGCCGGCACCUUCCUCUACGUGGCCACCGUGCACGUCCUCCCUGAGGUGGGCGGUGGUGGCCACAGCCACGCUCCUGCAGGAGGGAACGGAGGGAAGGGACUGAGCAAAGUAGAGGUGGGAGCUCUGGUCCUUGGCUGCCUCAUUCCUCUGGUGCUGUCCGUGGGUCACCACCAUUAGACCCACAGAGGGAGAACUUAUGAGGGCUGUACAGGGGAAAAUAAGGGGGACUGAAGACAUUUACAGAUUCAAAAGUCUUAUUGACCGCCAUUGCUGGACUCAGUGGACCAGAUGGAUCGCCUCACAGGGGCGUCAGAUGACUUAUUUGAGCCAGAAUGUAGUAGUGCCGGUGGAAUCAGAGCUGAGACAACAAAGGAUGUUUUAUCUGCGGACUCUGACACAAUACUACUACUGUAUGUAUACAUUUAUUCCCCCAGAAAUCUUACUUUGAGAGAAAGUGGAACUUUUUUUUUUUCCUUUUGUAUUUAGUAUCAAGCAGAGUUUCAGUGUUUCGUUAUCAUGCUUGUUUAAAUUCCCUGAAACACCCUGGUUUUAUCAUCUUUUACUGGAUGGCUGUUGCACAGUGAGAUUUGAUGUUGGUUGAGUUUGUGAAAUUCAUUUUUUUUAUAUCUAUAAAACUGUACAGAGUGUAAAUGACUCUAACUGAAUUUCAAGUGCCAUAACAGGAAGUGUGAACCCAGUAGCAGGAGAGGACGGCAGCACCGCCAGAACCUUACUAUUAGAGGAUCCUAUUCUCCCAGAUAAACCUGAUGAACCAGGUCAACCAGCUGGAAUCCUGUGGGUUAUAAGCAACACUUUGUCAAUCAGGCGAAGGUUUCCUAGAGGUGGAUAACUCUUGGUAGGUUGAUGCAUGGAUUCCUGGAACGUCACAUGCAAAGACCCGCUGCUGUGCCACUUAAAAAUUCCCACUUUUUUAUUUCACUUGUUGUAUGGUUUGCUUUCUAGCUCCAAUGAUUUCUUUUUCUUACAAUCUUACUGUAAAUGGAAGUGCUCUGUAUAUAAUUGUCUUACGUGAUUGUAGAUUUCAGCUGGGGGUCGGAUCUGGUGUUGCUAAAUGAAUGACAGAGCUGUCCUUUAGAAAGAAGCCUUUAGGGACCAUCAGCUCAGGAAAACUAUUGUACGUGUGAAACUUUUUAAAAUCUUGGUCAAUUGUCUCAUUCAUCAGGACGAGCAAUAAUACAAAAACGAAUGGCGAAAUUUUUGCGAACUGCUUUUGUUCCCCCUGCAGUGAAGUCUGUAGAGUGUGUACAGUGUAACACUUGUAAUGUAAUUCCUAAGCAGAGAUCUGUGAGCUCUGCCUCUGUUUCCAUCCCAAUAAAACUAAGUUCUUUUAAAUCUG